UUGACUAUUUCGAUACAACUAGAGCGUUUGGCAUUCGAAGCAUGAUGUUGCGUGCCAAUAGACAUAAACAAAAGUGGUCGUGCAAAUUUACUGACGUCGCCUUAUAGGAAAUUUGAUCGUCUGACAUCUGAUUCUUUUAAUCUUUAACAUUAGUUGAAUAUAUACGUAGGAAAACAAAAGACCAAAAUGGCCGAAUUACCGACAUUGUUACAGUUCUAUAUGUCGAUGCCACCGGUAACCCGGGCCUAUACUACCGCCUGUGUUCUGACAACGUUGGCCGUGCAAUUGGAACUAGUCUCACCAUUUCAGCUUUAUUUCAAUCCAAAUUUGAUAUUUCAAAAGUUUCAGAUUUGGCGCCUCGUUACGACAUUCCUAUUUCAUGGGCCACUGGGUUUCAGUUUCAUGUUCAACAUAAUAUUCACUUAUCGACAUUGUGCGAUGCUUGAAGAGGGUACUUUUCGUUCCAGGACUGCCGAUUUUUGUUACAUGUUCUUGAUUGGUGCUUCACUCAUGUGUAUAAUGGGCUUUUUCGUAAAUCUUUUAUUCUUGGGUCACGCAUUCACUAUAAUGUUGGUCUAUGUUUGGAGCCGUCAGAAUGAACAUGUCCUUAUGAGCUUCUUUGGCCUUUUUCAUUUUCACGCUCCUUAUCUCCCAUGGGUUUUGUUUGGUUUCUCAUUCAUUUUGGGGAAUUCGAUUCUCGUAGACCUGUUGGGUAUCGCCGUUGGUCAUAUUUACUACUAUCUGGAAACAGUAUGCCCACGACGGUUUGGUUUUAGGCUAUUGAAGACGCCUUAUUUCUUAGAGCGGUUGUUCCAAAAUGAUGAAGAAGAAGCCGAAGCUGCUUAUGAUUAUGUUGAUCCUAGGGUCGUCGAUGAUCGUGAUGAUCACUGAACAUAAAAACAAACUACCCAUUCUUAAUGGUCUCUGUGAUCAUUACCUGUAUCAUACCGGAUAGAGCGAUAUUUUGGCAAUUGAGUUAAGCCAGUAACCCUGAAAGUAAUAUCUAAAAAUUGUUAUAAUAAAUCCUGGUUAAUUGUUCAUUGUAUAGAAAGCAUCACAAAUAAAGUUUUAUUUUUGAUAAUUGUUCAUACAA